AUGGAGAGGCUUGACUGCACGGAACGAAAGUUGCUUAGACGGCUACUUGGCUACUUUUGGCCUAGGGUAUGUCACAAUGAAGAUCUUUACGCAGAAAUCGUUGUGGUAUACCGGCGGAUGACACGUGGAAAACAUCAACAUCUUGCACCGUCAUCGAAAGUGGCUAAACUGGAAGAAGCCACCUGGCCGAAAACGGAAGUUCGGGAAUAUGGAAUAGUGACGAAUGGAUUGAUUCUGUGCAAGCUCUCGCAGAAGAUCGAGAAGGUUGGGCAGAGCUGUGUUCAAGGACGGCACACCUCGGCGAAGAUGCGGGUGAUCGCGUCAGACGAUGACAUCAGCCCGCCGAUUAAGAGUGGAAAAACGUCUAUACGGAAAGUAGUCUUCCAGAAGAUGUCACCGAACGAGACUUUGUUCGUUGAAAGUACUGCACGUGUCACAAAAGACGUAAUCGCAUCUUCGUUUAUAAAUUUUGAGACGCUGGAGUUUCCCGGACAAAUGGAUCCCUUUGAUAGUUCACUUGAUCCUGUAGCCACCUUCAGGCGAUGUGGGAACACAUUUGCCGAGCUCGUGUAA